AUUCAACUUGGCUUCCGACUAGGUUUAAUUUAUUACGAACAAAAGAAACAUGAUUCCUGCUCUUUUCGGAGCCAGGAGCCGUGAAUCUCUUCAGAAAGUGCGAGAGGAUGAAGAGUAUCGCACAGCCUGUUCCAAGCUUGUGGCAGCGGGAUAUCGCUUCUCUCCUGCUUCGUCCUUGGGAAAAUCCCCAUCCCAAAGAAGCGUUGCUACACCAGUGAGAGCCCCGUCGCAAAAAUCAGCUGCGAGUUUGGAAAAUGUACCAGAGGAGCCUGUAUCGCCAUCUUCUCACAAACCAUCCUACUUUGGCCGCCGCAAACCCAAGUCGUCUACGACAUAUAUUGCAAUGCGAGAGAAAAUUGGCCCUGUGUGCAUAUCGCUAAAGUCCUUGGAGAGCGAGAAAGACACUAUGCUAGCUUAUGUUCGCACUAAAUACGGUUUCAACGUCCAUACCUUCAUUGAAGAAAAGAUAGAAGAAUACCCAGCCGCCGUGGCUGCACUUCGCGAGUACUUACGUCUUCCAUAUGUCUUGUGCGGGCUCCGGGAGGAUAAGGUCCUAGCGGCCCCACAUGGCACAGCCCAAGAGAUGGACUUGAUUGAUGCAAUGGGUGUAGAGAUUGUGAAUAGCGCACAUGCUGUCAAGAAGCGAGAUCUGGAUAAUGCCCUCUUGGAACUGGAUGCCCUUCGGAUGCGAAAACUUGAUCACGUUGUGAUUGAUAUCAUCUUAGCCCAACGGGACGCAACAGCCUCGCUUUUAAACUCAUAUGAUGGGCAAAAUGGGUUCAAAGUACCUCUUACCCUUGGUGUAAAGGCGGAUGAGCUAGUCAAGCCCAUGGAUGACUCGCGAACUUUUAGAGAUCUCGGGCUCAUAUUUCAGAAGAUGAAAUCAGGGCCACCUCGCAGUUCGAGCAAUGUGGAGAUCAAGACGCAAGCAGCUGUGAUUGACAAGUCAAAAGUCACUCAAGCCAUUUACGAAAUAUUUGAAGUCGAAAAGAGUAACUUGAAAAGGUUGAAAGUUCUUGAAACCCAUUACAAUGAACCCGUAUGGAAGAAUUGGCAAGAAGCAGAUUUCGCAAGCCCCAGUUUUGCUAGAAGCGGCUGUCCAACAGUCCGCAGAAUCAUAGAGCAAUCGGAAAAGUUGCUGCAGGAGCUGGGAAGUCCAUCUGUUUCUGUAGAGCGCUUUUGCACCGUGUUCAUAGACAAGGCGCGCGAGUCUGGAGACUUUUAUCUCGCGUAUCGGGAUUAUAUUGACCAGUUCGACUAUGCACAUCAGUGUUUACCAAAGUCCCCAAUCUUCCACGCUUUCAUGGAGAAACUGCGUCAAGAUCCUACGACAAGCUUCGAUACGUUGCGCGCCUUACCUGUUCAAAGACUACCUCGCUAUGUUAUGGCUCUUCAUACCAUUAUGCUGAAUACACUGACGUCCGAUCCAACCUUUCCCCUUGCGAUGGAAGCCCACCGGGCCAUGGAUGAGGCGACACGAAGAAUUGAUGAACGUCGACGUCAAUAUGAAGACUUCAAACUUCUUACAGAGGUGGAUCACAAGUUGAACCUCGGUGGUGCGAUAUCGAGCGCACAAGUCAAAUACAAAUGCGAGCUGCAUGUUGAGGAGAUAAACGACAAAAAAAUCCGUCUUCAUAAACGCAUCUUCCUUCUAUUCAGUAAUCUGUUACUGGUGCUGGAACGCAAAGAACAGCAGACGAAUAACCUUGCACGAAAAGGAGCCCGUGAGAAAACUUCUGAACGACCUCCGUACAUUAUUGAAGCCAUGCAUCCGGUGGCGAGUAUAACCGCAGUGGACCAACACGAUAAAGAGUUCAAGCUCAUUUGUUUGACUAACGGCCCACAUCAGCGUCGAGUGGCCUCCUACGAAGCAGAAUCUAAAGAAGCAAAAGAGUUUUUCCUGCGUGCCUUACGAGAUAUUGAGGUCAGAGCGAAGCUAGAGGCCAACAAGCUCAAAAAUGAGCCCUAUGCCGACCGCUUUGAUGACUUAGAUGUGUACUACAAUAUCAUGAACGCCAGCGAGUUGAACAAAAAAUUAUUGGGAUCUGUUGGCGUUGUGGUACUUGGGGAUCAUCAGUUGUUUGCUGACAUCUUGUCGCGAAGCAAAGACAGUUACUAUGCAAUGGGGUUUUUAGAAACCAAAGAUAUGGAGGCACGAUUAACAUUUGCGGUUCAUGAAAAAGCGCUUAACGCGCACGGUGAUCCAUUAAACCCCCAAAAUGUUCCAACAUGGAAUGAUCCUGCGAGCGUUCAGCAAAAACUUCUUUCGCAGGCUAGCAAAAUCGCCUCAUUCUUAUCGCACGAAGGACCGGAUCCGGACCGGUUUAAAACGAUAAUGGAACCUGCUUUACGCGACGUUUGCGAAAUCUACUACAAAGUUCGUCGGCCUUCAUUGAUGCACUCGCGCUCCUUCUCGUCCACCUCCUCUCUUCUUUCCUGGGCGUCCCGCAGCAGCGUUAGCAGCAUGGCCAGCGUGACCAGCAUAACCAGUGAGAAAAACGCAAACCUAACUCGACGCCCAUCCACAGUCAUGCGCAGGAUUACAAACGCAAUGAGAAGACCUGGGCCAGAUGCUUCUGGUGACAUUCCCUACAGAGCCGGCACGCCAGAACCUGGUGGUACAUACUCCGGAAGAUCUCCUGAGAGACGAAGCCGAAUACCUGUCAUUCCGGGCGCCGCACGUCCGUUUGGACCUGAUCGGACCUCACCACAAAAGAACGUACCGCCCCUUCCCCGCGGUAAUUUCCAGCGUCUCUUUCUUCGGGGGAAAAGCGUUGCUCCGUCACCCAACGAGAAACUUGUCCCAAUUCGUGUUCUGGAGGUGCUUCUGAAUUCAGUGGAGGAGCGAGGUCUGAACUGUAAGACCCUUUAUCGCGGCGGCGACACGCACGAUAUAAACAAGAUUGUGGAGGAUUUAGUUCUAAAAAAGCCACGCGCCGAAGCUCUGUCACGCCAUAUCGAAAAGAUCCCACCAGAACGACUGGCGCAGAUAACCAAGGGUUACAUUGCGACAGCCAACAACGGGAAUCUGUUAUGGCCAAAAGAGACUCUUGCUGAGAUACGUGGAUCAGCAAGAAUGCAGCAUCGUAGUCAUAUUGAUGAGGACUUUAUCGAAGCAAUUAAAUUUCCCAUUCGCAACCUACCCCUCACCAACCAACGAGCGUUAGCCAUGGUUUUCCUCCAUUGGCAGGGAAUAUCACGUCAAGCACACACUCAACUGGACGCACGUAAGCUGGCCGGUGUCCUUGCCCAGACGGUGAUGCGGGAAGAGACUGGGUGGGCCAUAGCGGCAACGGAAUGUAUCAUCGCCAAUGCCGACAAGCUGUUUGACAACAUAGAGGGACAUGUGCCGGUGCGACCAAUAACUCCAAGGCGCUCCGAAUCUAUGGUAUUUGAUAAACCUGAACACUCAACGACCCAACCAGAUUCGCUACAGCCAAGCGAUCACGAAAGCGACGUCGCGCAACCGCAGCAUAUUGAGCUUCCAACAAAUGUCACUGAUCAAGAAGCUGAUCAGGCUGUGGCAGUCAGCGCUCCUGGCUCUGUCAGUCAUUUAUUCGAGACUUCUACACCAUCAAGUGAUCUUCAAGUGCAAUCAACCGAAGCUAAUUUUGAAAACGUUCACCCCAUCGUUCCCGAGCAGCAUAUGCACCACGACCAAUCAGAGAGAUCGGAGAGUCAAGCACCCAUUGAACAAGAGGACGGCGAAAUUGUAGAGUCAGUAGCACCCCGAGAGGACAGCGACCACAACAUCUCGCCGGAAAUCAGUGCAGAAAUUGUGCCGCAACAACCUGAACACAGUAUACCUGAACUCAACAUGGGACAGCCGGUACCGAAGGACGUUGACGAUCUAACGGCAGCACACGAAGAACAAGACCGAGUGCAUCCAUCCGAAACAGAGCCGGAACAUGAUGAAAACGAGAUACCAGCCGACAAGGUUAUGCUCAGCCCGGCAGCUCAGGCGACCGAGGAGACCCCAUCAAGUCCUGCUAGCCUAGUAGAUCUUAAGGGUUCGACAGGCCUACUUAAGCAGCUGAAUGAAACUACGGAUUCAAGUUCUACAUUGGUUGUGAGACGCUGCGCCUCACUGCAGGAAGGGGACUUCGCUGAGUCGUUGUACUUAUCACGUAUUGAACUCGCCAACAAGAGUCUUCGCCUUGCAAAGACAACGUUAGAGAGUAAAAAAUCGGUCUUAGAAAAGGAGCUCUCGGAUUUGGGGGAGAUUCCGGCCCUGGUUACCGCGGAAGUACAUGAAGGGGCAGGCGAGAACCUGGAUACGGAACAAUUGUUGGUUCACCUGCCUGAACUUAGUGCCGUUGUGGAUGUCGAACGCCUGAGACCAGACUCGAUCGCGGAUGAGUUCAAGUUAGAGAUGGCUGCGUUUGUUAAAGGAGGAAGUAGCAUGACUAUCGCCUCGCAGAAGUCAGAUGAAGACUCCCAUACUGAACAAUCGACUAAUACUGAUCACCUGUUGAAACCAAAUGAUAGUGUAAAAGGAAUUGUCUCCUCCCGAUCUGCACCAUAUCUUUCCUUAAAUCCGCUUCCAUUGAAAGCCACCGGCAGUCCGAUGAUAGCAGCCUUGAUUGAAGAGAACAAGAAACUCCAACAAGAAAACCUAAAGUGCAUACGGGAGGUAUCUCGCCUAGAACAGCAGAAAUCUGCACUCCGCAUAGGCCUGCAAUCCAACGCCGAAGACAUAGCUCUGCCUGCCGAAAGCUAAAUAAUUCCGGGUGGGAAAUGCAAAAUAGAAUAAUGAUAUGCAAUGAAUAUAGAUUAAUGAAUAAGUUAUAUAUACAC